CCUGCCUUCGCCGCUGUUUUUAUUGACUUGCGCAAAACAAGCGCUUGAGCGGCAGCUCAUGGAAACCGGGACGGGGAUGGAUAAAUAUAGCAACGGCACGGUAUAAUAUCAAAUUCAGCAGCACAAACUUCGGUGACAAAGCCCAACAUGUGAAAAGGAGGCUAAAAACCCCGGAGUUGCCUAGAAUGACAGCGCUCAAGAAGGUUUUUUCAAAGGUCUUGUGGAGAAAUUGCUGCAUCAUGUGUGAAGGGAACACAGACCAGCAGUACCCAUGGUCCCCGUCCAGGUACUCGGAUGAAGACAGGUGCUCCACGCCAUCUUGGAACAUGAAGGGCUUAUCGGGCAGCCGUAUGCAGCACCAGGUCCCCGGCGGACACGCCUACGGCUUGGCUGAGUUUGAACAUUCCCAUGAGCACCACUUCCACCAUGGGCCCGAGGCCCGGCCCUCCUACCUGCUGAGCCCUACCGAGAGCUGUCCCAUGGACUACCACCACCGCUACUCACCCCGAAGUUCCAUCCACUCCGAUUGCAUGAUGAUGCCAGUCGCUGUACCAACAGGUGGCGGUGGUGAGCACGUCUCCAGCAGCACCUUUCCCAGAAUGCACUACAGUUCGCAGUACUACGACACGGCCUCGCGGGAUGACUGCGCAGCUGUUGCUGCUGCGUCGGUGGCAACCUCUCACCACCAUGUGGCAGCGGCUUCCUCUACCACCUCGGGUAAAUCCAACCGCAUCCCCGCCAACCUACUCGACCAGUUUGAGAAGCAGAUGCCCCUGCAUCGUGAUGGUUUCCACACGCUGCAGUACCAGCGCACCUCCACUGGGGGUGCUGGCGAGCAACGGAGUGAAAGCCCCGGACGCAUCCGUCACCUGGUACACUCUGUGCAGAAACUCUUCACCAAGUCUCACUCACUGGAAGGUUCCUCCAAGAUGAAUGGCACCAAGGGAGACACGGGCGGCAGUGGAGGGGGCGGGGGCCAUCAUCACGGGCACCACUCAAAGCACGGAAGCAAGAGGAGCAAAAGCAAGGAGCGUAAGCAUCGCUCAGGCGUAGGAGGCUGGUGGAGCUCCGAUGACAACCUGGACAGUGAUAGCACGUACCGGACACCCAGUGUCAUGAGCCGUCACCAUAUUGACCAUGUGAGCCACUGCUACCCCGAGGCAGUCCAGGGCCACUUUGGCGAUCUCACCCUCAAGACCUCCAGGAGCAACAACGAUGUCAAGUGCUCAGCCUGUGAGAGCUUAGCUCUGGCCCCUGAGGGCAAGUUUAUGAAGAGGAGCUCUUGGUCGACACUCACCGUUAGUCAGGCCAAGGAGGCUUAUCGCAAGUCCUCCCUGAACUUAGAAAAACCCAUGAUACACCAGGACCUGAAACCAUCCCUGAGGUCUUGUCAUUACUUGCAGGUGCCCCAGGAUGAGUGGGGCGGCUACCCCGGGAUCGACAAGGACGAGGAGAUCCCCUGUCGGCGGAUGCGCAGCAGCAGUUACGUGAAAGCCAUGGGGGAUGACGAGAGCGGCGACUCGGACACCAGCCCCAAAACCUCACCGCAGAAAGCCAUCCGGCCCGACGCCCUCGCCCUCAAGUCCGUCAUGCUCAGGCCCCACAUAGACCCCCAAAGCCAGGGCUACCACCUGCAAGCUGUCCGAGACAUGCGGCCUCACCCCAACGUCACCCUGGACCCCGCCACUACAUUUAACCCCCCGCAAUUCCGUUCGCGAAACCAGAGCUACAUGCGGGCCGUCAGCACGCUCAGUCAGGCAAGCUGCGUCAGCCAGGUGAGUGAGACUGAGGUCAAUGGCCAGUUUGAAUCGGUAUGCGAGUCCGUUUUUAGUGAAGUAGAAUCCCAGGCUAUGGAUGCCCUGGACCUGCCGGGCUGUUUCCGCACCCGAAGCCACAGUUACCUGCGUGCUAUUCAGGCUGGGUAUUCCCAAGAUGAUGACUGCAUUCCUUCAAUGACAUCCUCCACUGUCACUUCAACUCUCAGAUCCACAACAGGCGCCCGUAGCUUAGCUGAGGGCCAUAAAGCGUACGGCAUCCAGUUUCGUCUGCCCGCCCCCUGUGGUACCGAGCGGACCCAGCCUCAGCCACAGACGCCCCCAGCGGUAACGUACGCCCCUAGUUACAAGAAGACGCCCCCGCCAGUCCCUCCCCGGGCUGCCACCAAACCGCUCAUCUCCGUCACAGCGCAGAGCAGCACCGAGUCCAUGCAGGAUGCCUACCACGAGGCCCGGCACCCCCGCACCAUCCGAUGGCCCCAGGACGGCCUGGGCCGGGCGCUCUACAACUCCACCGACAGCCUGGAUAGCGCCAAGGCUGUCACCCUGGCUAUGGAGACAACAGCAGGACGGCGGCACGCGUCCACGGGCAGCCACAGCUCUGUGCAGACGUGCGACAAGGCCGUGUUAGUGUCCAAGGCUGAGGAGUACCUGAAGACCCCCCGGUCCUCCAUCGGGAUUCAGGUGGAGACAGCGACAGACUCUGAACCGGAGAGCAAAGGACUGAGAGAGUACCACUCUGUGGGGAUCCAGGUGGAGGACGAGAAGAGGCACGGCCGCUUCAAGCGCUCCAACAGCGUGACGACGGCGGUGCAGGCAGACAUGGAGCUCGAGGGCUUUCCCGUCAUGGAGGACAAGGGCUUGCAGUUCGGUGGCUCCUUCCAGAGGCACUCAGAGCCAAGCACGCCCACGCAGUACGGCGCUGUCCGCACCGUGCGCACCCAGGGCCUCUUCAGCUACCGCGAGGACUAUCGUGCCCCCAGCGGGCCCCCCAGCCCACAGCCGCAGCCCUGGCUGCCGGAGCCCUCCCUGGAGGGGCCCGAGUCCGGCCGGGUGUCCCCCCUCCGCCGUGAUGGGGCCUGGUUCAUGCAGCUGCUACAUACGGAAACCAAGAGGAUGGAGGGAUGGUGCAAGGAGAUGGAAAGGGAGGCGGAGGAAAAUGAUCUGUCGGAGGAGAUCUUAGGUAAAAUCCGCAGUGCUGUUGGCAGUGCUCAGCUCCUCAUGUCCCAGAAGUUCCAGCAGUUUUACUGGCUGUGUCAGCAGAACCUGGACCCCAGUGCUAUGCCAAGACCCACCUCCCAGGACCUGGCGGGGUUCUGGGACCUCCUCCAGUUGUCCAUCGAUGAUGUCACUGCCAAAUUUGACGAGCUGCAGCAGAUGAAGGCCAACGCCUGGAGACCGGUGGAGAGCCCCGAGAAGAAGGAAAGGAAGUGGCCGCCCCCCGUACCAAAGAAGCCGCCCAAAGGCCGAGGCGGUGUGACUCGGGAGAGGUCGCUGGACCUGCAGGACAGGCAGCGGCAGGAGGCACGGCGGCGCCUUAUGGCUGCAAACGGGCCCGCCUCUUUCCGGCAGAACUCUGCGACGGAGCGGGCCGACAGCAUAGAGAUCUACAUCCCUGAGGCCCAAACACGGCUCUGAGGGCCGGGAACCCCCCAGGUGGUCCUGUACUGUCCAGCGACUCUCCUCUCCUCAUAUCGUCACGUUUGUGUCGAUUACGGCUGUGGGAAGGUCCGCACCAUUUCCACCCCCGCUUCAACUCCUACCUUUCUAACCAGACCCGGGCCUCAAGGAAAAGGAAGGGAUUAGAACAGGUUCAAUCUGUUAGACCUCACCGUGUCGGCAAGCGAGAGUUUCUGUUCAGCUUUACGGUUGGCUGUUUUCGUUUUAAUUUGUCACUGAAGUAUAUGCUGAAUUUACACACUGGGGGUUCGGCGUUGUAAUGGGGAGGGUUGGCCCUUCCUUCUCGAUAUGGUCACAUUCAGACGCAAAGUGCAGCUCCCUCAAGAACUUCACCAGCAGCAUCAGCAGUGGUCCCGGGACCCCUGGGGGAAAACACCGCCCCCCCCAAGGCACAGAGCAGUGAUACAGAGCCAACCCCCCCCCCCCCCCCCCAGAAACGAUUUCCUCUGUAGGACUCAACGAACUGUGCUUCUCUCUGUACAGAGAGAACUGUGCACAAAUAGAAGUGAUCUUUCAGAUAAUUCUUGAAAUACCUCAGUCGUGCCUGUCAUUUAGUUUGGUUUCCGAAGCCCUCCCAUCCUGCUCAAGCUCUGCUGGGCCGCUGUGGACACACACCAGGCCCUUGCCAAUGGCCUUUGGCUCUCUUUGCUGAGAUCUAACAUCUAGGAAAAGGCAGGUUGGUCGGCAUGGCGACCUCUUUCUGUUCCCAUGGCGUCGGCUUCCAUUGUCCCAGUUACAAAGCAUACCACGAGUACCAAACAUUCCCGCUGUAGUAAAUUGGUGGAUCAAUACUUCCAUAACAAUAAGUCUCCCCAGUUAAGAGACAAGCGAGGUCACUAUUUCAAGAAAUAUUUCUAACAAGUAGAAAAUUACUUCUAUGUACCUUAAAUUAUACUCUUGCUUGUAUUUCCAACGGAAAUGUACCUAGCAGAUAUCAUCUAAUACUGUUGCAAUUAAAUUGCAAGGCAAGAUACAGAGAUUUUUAUUGAUUUUUCAUACUUGGUGGAUAUCAGACCCAACAAACAAUUUGUUGCAGUACUACAGCUGCUAUAAAAAAGGGGGGUUGCACCUUCACCUGCAGAAAUGUGGAAGUUUCUUCAGAUGUCAAAAGCAGGAUCGUUCUGAAAAGGGCACGAGAGACAUGCAAAGGCAACCCGCUUGACAGUGACACUGUUUUGAGCCUGAAGUUAUACAUUCCACAGCUAGUUUGGUUUCUCUUACUGAGUCGAUUGCACGGGUUUUACAUAGACAUCUUGAAAAGUAUUAUUUUGAACUAUGACAUAGGGACAUAGAUGUGGAGUGAUGUGGCUAUAGAAAGGAGAAAUAAUGGUGGCUUGCUAUAAGAGGUGAUGUCUGGGUAGGAGCCGUUGGUGGUAACGGGGGUGUCUGUGAGUAACUGGGAAGCACGGUAAACGCUAGCUGAAGGAAAAACCAUGCAAGAGAGAUUAUUAUCCAUAAAUUAUAAUAAGUCAUAAUGAAAAUUCAUAAUGAGUUGCGGGAACUGGCCUUAAGUGAGGGGCGAGCAUGAGAGAGGUGCAGCCUGGCCUAAGCACAGAGGCUUGGAGCUCAGCGUGACACCCCGGGCAGAUGGGGACAGCGCCCUCUGCAGUCCACUCCAAGCCAAACACUGUCGCCUCUGUGCCAGGCUUUUGGUGUGUUGGCGAUCCCAUUCCCUGCUGCCGUGUCUCUGUGUCUGUGUGUGUGUGUGUGUGUGUGUGUGUGUGGUAUUACAAUGAUAUUAGAUUGACAUUCCACAUAUAUGAAAACAAAUCAGUUUUACCAGUGUUAUUACAGUAUGUAAAGAUGCAAACAACACUUUGAAGCGGUUUGGCUGCAAACUGUGAACGGUGCUGCUUUUUACUCUCGGUGUCCCUGUCCUGGCACCAGCUGCCUAUGUAACACAAACACUUUCUAGUGGUGGAUUUGAUAUCUCAGCGCAUCCCUUAUUAAAAUACCCGGAAUUGACUUUGCAUAGAUCUAAUCAUCUUUGUAGAAUAAGACUAUAUUUUUUAAUCACACAGGUUCAGGGCAGGGAGUAAAGGAAUACUGCCAUUUGUGCAGAAUACUGAAGGCAUUGCGGGCCGGUCCGAGUCCCUGCCAGGCUUACAGCCCAGGUGAGCAUGGUGUUCAUUGGCCGGCAGAUUCAUAAAUCCUUUGUCAGAGUGAAGGAGCCCAAGGUCCAAAGGGUACCUUCAGAGUCAUAAGUCACACAAAUGUGCCCUGGGAGGGCAAGCCUCAGUGUUGCACUUGAUCCAAGCCCAUGGGUUCAGUUCAACACAUUUCCCCUAUGAGAAGGGCAUUGCAGAUAUCCCCAUGGGCCCUAGGUGUCCUAGCCGCACACGUGCUCAGACGUCCUGCCGGAUGUUGACCCAGCAUUGCCCACUUGUUUUGUAAGUCCUUCUAUGAUUCACCAGGUAGACUGUCCAUUCCGCUUUCUGUCCCCUCAGAGGAGACUCCUCUGACAGGCCGCCUCAAAGCCAGCUGGGAGCUGUGGGUCAGAUACACAAUGUCCUGAACCGACGCACAUUCACUCUGGUAUUUUAAGCUAGAUUCAGCAAUGGCUUCAUGUUCAAAGCACUUGUGAGCUCUGACACCGAAGGCUUCAGCCUUAUCUCUGUCGCAAAUGCUGGUUGAUGUUGGAAGGUUUGGGAUCACAGGUUUGAAGGGGUGCAGAACUGCUGAGCGCAUGGGUUGAGUGUAAUUUGUAUUAUGGGGGGGGGGGGGUGUAUCCUCGUGGAGCUCACUGCAGGCUUGAUGCCUCUUAGAGCCGUGAUGCGGUUGGGAUUCUGACCUGGUCAUGUGACACUGGGGGUUUCCUACUCGUCCCAUGCGUGGUCACGUGACCCUGGAGGCUCACGCCUCUUCACUUCAGCACAUGACCGGCCGUG